AUGGCUGGUGUCGCAAAAAUCGUGGGUAAUGAUAUUGUUGAUAAAGCAGGAAAUAAAGUGAAUAUUGCAGAAAAAUCUUCUGGAAAAGUUGUUGGAAUUUAUUUUAGCGCUCACUGGUGUCCACCAUGUCGAGGGUUCACUCCUAUCCUAGCCGAAUUUUACAAAAAACAUUCGAGUGAUAAAAAAUUAGAAAUUAUUUUUGUUAGUUCGGAUCGUGACGAGAAAAGUUUUCAAAGUUAUUAUGGUGAACAACCAUGGCUUGCUUUACCCUAUUCUGAACGAGACAAAAAACAAGAAUUAGCUCAAAAAUACCAAGUUCAAGGUAUACCAACAUUGAUUUUAUUAGAUGGUGAUUCUGGUGAUAUUAUAUGCGAGGAUGCACGAAGUAAAUUAGAAUUUGAAGAUAAAGAAGGAGAAAAUUUUCCAUGGAAAAAUAAAUAA